AUGAAGCAUGUCAGAAAGGUGACAUUGAUUUCCCGCUCGAGUGAAGGAAGUGAUUUGCUUCGUGCUUUGGACAUUUCAGCAGAUCAGCUUCCAAUAUCUGGCCUGCUCAGUCUCAUCCAGGGCUCUUGCCUAUGCCCAAGAUGGAGUCUUCUGCAACAAAUGAAUGGUGUCCUGGAGGAAGGUAGCAAAUUACCUAUUGAGGCCCUUGAUGCAUAUUCCUCUCUGUCCUUGCUGUAUCUGGUGGCCAUGUUCCUCGAGCAGGCCCACAACCCACCAUGCCUAACCAGGCUGCUGCUCUCCCUGCACCUCUCAAAUGACUGCUCUGGACAACUGGAAUGGCAGACCAUCCGCCAGUUGGUGUCGGCUCACAUGAUCAGGAGAGUUGCUAUGUGUUGCCUUGCCUCUCCGGGUGGGAAGAGACAACAUUUGGCUGUUUCUCAUGAAAAGGGCAAGAUCACUGUGCUCCAGCUUUCUUCUCUUCUUAAACAACAUGACUCUGCAAAGAGGAAGCUUACCCUCACAAGACUCUCUUCAGCACCUGUGCCAUUCACAGUGCUCUCUAUUACAGCAAACCCUGCCAAUGAUGAUUACCUUGCUGUCUGUGGUCUUAAGGAUUGUCAUAUCUUGACAUUUGCAAGUGCUGGAAGUGUUUCAGACCAUUUAGUUCUGCAUCCCCAACUGGAGUCUGGGAACUACAUUAUUCGUGCAGUAUGGCUGCCAGGCCAGCAGACACAAUUAGCCCUCAUCACAGCAGACUUUGUCAAAAUCUAUGACCUGAGUAUUGACUCACUCUCGCCUCAGUACUUCUUCCUGCUGCCAUCUGGGAAGAUCAAGGAUGCCUGCUUUGUCUGCACUCAGGUAUUACAUGUUGCUAUAAAAAAAAGGAUGCAGGAUGCUGCUUGGUGGCCAUGGCCUCAUCAGUUACACACACAAGUAUUAAGUGAGGAGAGUUCUGCACAACAUGGACCAUUUUAUGUUACAAAUGUGCUUCAGAUACAGCACCAAGAUCUAAAGGACUGCAAUGGCCAGAUUGGAGGAGGAGGAGUAUCAGUUUACUAUUCCCAUACUCUCCAAGUCCUCUGCUUCAGCUAUUCUCAAGGAAAGAGCUUCAUUGCACCACUUGUCUCCAUAAGUGAAAACGAACGUGUUGAGAAACUUUUCCCAGUGAGUGUCAAGGGAGGCAAUGGUUCUGGAGGAAGCAGUAGCAGCAGUAGCAGUAGCAGCAGUAGUAGCAGUAGCAGCAGCAGUGGCAGUAGCAGUGGUGGCAGUGGGAGCAAGAUGGCACCACAACCAUUGUGUCAGUGGGGAGAAGUCACUGGCCAUCCUGGGCUGAUCACAUGUCUUACUCAGUCUAGUAACAAUCCUGUGAUAUUGAUGGUGAAGCCCGACCAGAUCUUGGUCCAAGAGAUCAAGGUACUACCUGCCAAGAGCAAAAUGACAGAUCUGGUGGCUCUGCGUCACUCCUGGUCCCCUAAUCAUGAAGCAAAGACAACACUUAUUCUAUUGUGUGAAGACGGUUCCCUUAGAAUCUACAAUGCAAACCCACAGACAACAGAUUUCUGGCUAUCACCUCAAAUGCAGAGUGUCAGUGCUAUCUCAGCACUUCGACCUUCCAGGAAGAAGAAAGCACCCAAACUUGGAAGACCAUCAGGAUCCAUUGUGUUCCCUGUUGACUUCUUUGAGCAUUGCUCUGUGAUGAACGAUAUUGAGUUUGGUGGCAAUGAUCUUCUGCAAGUGUACAAUGUUCAGCAACUGAAGAACAGGUUGAACAGUCAAGGAAUGUACAUAGCAUCAACUAAACCAGGUGGUUUCCAGUUAGAGGCUACUAACAAUGACUCCACUUUAGUGAUCUGUGGCAUUAGAAUUGCUGUUGGUGCUGUUGACACUCAAAGGGUGCCAGCAUUCUUGGAGGUGUUUGGUCGCACUGUAUCGAUUGCUGCAACACGCAGUCGUUGGUUUGAUGUUCCCCUCACCAGGGAGGAGUCACUACAAGCAGACAAACGAAUUGUUAUCACAUUUGGACCUUCAGCAGACCCUUCCAAUGUGACCAUUGUUGACUCUGUAAAGAUAUAUGGAAAGACCAAAGAUGAUUUUGGCUGGCCUGAAGAACCAGAGGACUUCCCCACCACUGUGAGUGGGUCUGGGACUGCUGGAACCUCUGGAACCUCUUCAGAAUCAGCUGGAGGCAGCACUGCAACCACCCCUGUACCACUGACUGCUGUAGAUCGUCUUGUGUCAGCAGCAUGA